CCGCUAUUCCUGAGCCCUCAAGGCUGUAUGGGAGCCGACCUGAGGCCGGGCAGGACAUAGGCCUGCAGAAAGGAAGGGAGAGGGCGCUCCAGGCCUCAGGGGCCGCAAGCCAAGAUCCGAGAGAGGUCAGGCCCUGGGAGCAGGGAGUGCAGUGAGGCCGGACGCUGCCGCAUGCAGAAGAGGAGGGUGUUUGCAUUGGACUGUGGGGCAGGUUAUCCGGCAGCGGUUGACUCUUUAAUCAGAACCAGCACACACCAAAUGGGGUCAUGCCGGGGCCUUCAGAAGCGAUAAGGAGCCUCCCUUCCCUCAACCCCAAAGCCUUCCCACUCCCCCGAGGCCCACGGUGGGGGACUCAGAUCCAACCAGCACAUGUCUGUUGACAGCUGCCCCAUGUAAGGCUAGGGGUCAAGUCCCUUUAAGGGCCCCAUCUCCGGGCAGACAGGAGGCCAUGGGCUGGCUGGAGCAGACAGUUUGUCGGGGAGCAACCCAGGGGUCCUCAUCCCCAGCACGCCUGGUGGACCAGGCAUGGGCGGCGGGAAGCCCAGAAACCUCCGAGCGGGUCCACGCUGCCUUCCUUCUCCCCUCCUUUGCCCAGGGUCCUGCAUCCUCAAGCCCCCUAUGUGGCCGCCCUGCACCCUCACCUGCCCCGCUGGAUGCCAUGCACUGCCCCUGUGCACUGGUUCCCUGCUUGGUACUGCCAGCCACCCCGCUCUGCUUACAGUGCCUCACAGCCCCUGCCCCACUGCUGGCUGAGACCCUUGCAAUGCGACUCCCUCUCUUCCCUGGGCCCACCUGGAACCCGUGUGAGGUGCUCACCAGAGGGCUGAGGGGACGUAACAUCCACUCAGGGAUGGGCUCGGCCCUGGGGAAACCAUUACCUGCUUACUCUUGUCUCUUCCUGCCCUUCUGUUGCUCCAGUCUUGGUAGGGGGGCGGGGCGGAGGGAGACCAGCACCGCAUCUGUCAGACCUAGAGCCCAGGGCUCUCCACCCACGGUUACUGCCCUGCCCUGGCCCGACACUGCUACCCUCAGCCCACCCUCAGCUCUGCACAGACGCGCGCGCACACACAUGCACACACACACCUGCCACGCACACUUGCACUGCCCCUUCUCACAAGAAACCUGCAGAGGACCCUCACCGCUGGGAUCAAGGUUCAGCCCUCAGGGUCCAGGGCAUCUGCCUCUGACCCCCCAGGAGGGGGGCUAUUUGGACUUUUGGGACACCCAGCGAGGAGACCAUAAGGCAAGAAGAAGAGAGAGCCUGAAGACCUUCAGUGUGACCCCAGCCACCUUCCGGGGCAUUGGGCACUGGAGGGUGAGUGCCAUCUCCUUGUCCCAGCCCGUGUCCACUCCCUGCUCCUGCCCCUUCUGCAACCCGCAUCCCUGGCUCCCAGGAGAGGCUGCCCCCGACCAUGGCAGAGCCCCUCCCCGGGCACUAAAGCAGCCCUUUCUCAGGGCUCACAGCGCUCAAUACCGCACUCAGCACUCACUCACCCACUCACUCACUCAUUGGGCAAGUAUUCCUUUUACCCCUACAGUAUGCCAGGCACUGUACUCGGUUUUUGGGGUGCAAAUACGAGGAAGGCAUGGGGGUCAAUUUCAGGACGAUCUUUGCUCAUUCCGUGAGCUGGAACUCCUGAAGCUCCCAGCAUAGUCAUCAGUGAGUUACUCGGUGAAACCCCAGGAUGGGUUGUAGGGUGCCCAUCACCCCACAUUCUCACAGGGCUUGUGCAAAGGCAGCUUCCACAGGGCCCUCUGUCAGGGUCCCUCACGAUGCUCUAACUGAGGAGACCUGGGGAAGGACUUGGGGACUCCACCUCUUGACCUUGGGUUGUUUGGGUCCCACGGGGUCUGACUCACGUGAGAGUGAAUUGGAGAAGCAGGGCCAUCUGGGAGCCAGUGCUCCAGCCCUUGGGCCCCUCUCCCAAGGGAGACCCGGAACAGGGCCGCCGUUGUCACAGACCCCGCCUGGCCAUGUGAAUGUCAGCAGGCAUCUUUCUACCUCGGGGCUCAUCUCUGGAACUCUGUGUGUCCACUCCCCUUCCCUGAAUGCCUGCCUCUGUUCCAGGCACACAGUACCCAAAAUGACCAUGGAGAGACUGGAGAAUAUGUGUGUGUGAUGUACCCGUGCCUGUGACCACGUGUCCCUCUGUGUGUCAGUUUCUGUGUUCAUGGGAGAGCGCAUGUGCAGAUCCACCCGAAUGGGAGCAGCUGUGCCUGUGAGCCCUCCUGAGUCCGCAGUGGCCUGCUGAUGAGUCCGUGGUCUCUGCAUCCACGUGUGUCUGUUUGUACCUGUGCUUGUGUGUGCCUGUGCAUGCUUCCUCACGCACAGGGAGUGAGCCAGCGGCGUCUAUCCCUGGCACGUGUACACAGGUGGCCGAUGGCUGACAUGUGUGAGUGUGGUGUCUGUGUGUGAGGGGCUGACGUGUAUCCUGUGCGUGUGUGUGUGUGUGUGUGUGUCAACCUGUGGGUCAGUGUCUGUGCUGCCGUGUCGGGCGACGGUACAGGGUGAGGGAUAACAUGUCUGUGGGUGUGUUGGCGUGAGUGUGUGUCUGUGUCUGUAACACACUGUAGUUGCAGCACCAGGAGAGAGCCGAGCUCUGGAUGAGGCCCCCUUCCCAUGGACUGCUCCCCUCUGCUAGAGACUCUGCGUCUCCUUCCCCAGCGUGCGGGCCUCAUUCCCACCCCCAAGGCCUUCUCCCUGCCGCAGGCUUCCUCCCGUCUGUCCCCUGUCGCUGUGCCUCCUCCCACCCGCUGCCCCUCCGUGGCCUGGCUGCUCCGGACAUGGCCGUCCUGCAUGUGUGUCCCGCUGCCCCCCAACCGCGUGCUGCCCGUGGACCCCCCUCGGAGCCGGGCCUGGUUUUCACUGCUCUACCUCCCUGGCCCCCGCCCUCCACCCGCACCCCUUGGUCCCUUUUCUCCUUCUCUCUCUCGUUUCAGAAAAGA